UGUCAAAAUUGAAAUAAUUGAGGUUAUGGUUAUAAAAGUGCUGCGCUAAAAAUGUUAUUGUAUUAAUUUAAAUGCUUUAAAAUAUCUUUAGUACAAUUUAAUUCUGAACUAAUUUAUUAGAAAAAUUAAAGCCGAACAAUGGCUAUGAUAAGAGCUGGAUUUCAAAAACUCACCAGCCUUUUCAGCGGUGCACAAGGAGGCGUUCUAUCAAGAUUAAUCACCAACCUAACUCCGGUGGAAAACAAAACCAUACCCAAAACCAAACAAGAUGUGAUAGCGACCUGCAACCAGCUGAUUGAACAGAAGGCAUCCCGGAAUUUCGCGAUUGUGCACCUCCUGGGCAAACAGUGGCGCGUCAGCGACGGAGACCUCCUCGUGGUCGAGGGCUACUGGCCACCAAACAUCGGAGACCAAAUAACAUUGGACAAAGUCCUGCUUGCAGCCACCAAGGAUUUCUCUCUGAUUGGCCGGCCGCUAGUCCAACCCGGGCUAGUCAAUGUAACUGCUACAAUCAUAUCCAAAGGCCUUUCCCACACACGCACCCACUUCAAGAAGAAGAGGAGAAAGCAGUACAUGAGAAUCAACUUCCAAAGAGCACAACAAACUAUGCUAAGAAUUAACUCUGUUGAUAUUGCCGCUAAAAUCAAUGAAGCUCCUAAGAAUGUAUACUAGUGUAAGAUUGUAUGUGCCUAAUGAUUAUGUGUGUAGGUUUAGAAUAAAAUAAGGAAUCUA